UCUACACCGACUCACAAGUCACAACACACAAGCUAAGCCAGCCAGCCACACUGCAGUAUACACCGAGGCCUUUCCUCCCUCUGUCACUCUGCUCACUGGCAUACAUUGCUACUGCACGCGUAGUCACAUUCGCAGUUCACUGCCAAGAAGAUCUCUCGUAGUCAAUUGCCCUGAUCAGGCUAUAGUUAUACCCUUGUGGGAGCGCAAGGAAUUGGGAAGGGGAGAAACUUGCAAGGAAGGGAAAACAAAGGGCAAGAGAGAGAGAGAGACAGAGACAGGGAGUCUCUGCCGUGAUCGCGCGAUGGGGCGAUCGCCGUGCUGCGAGAAGGAGGGGCUGAAGAAGGGGCCGUGGACGCCGGAGGAGGACCAGAAGCUGCUGGCCUACAUUGAGCAGCAGGGCCACGGCUGCUGGCGCUCGCUGCCCGCCAAGGCCGGGCUGCAGCGGUGCGGCAAGAGCUGCCGGCUCCGGUGGACGAACUACCUCCGGCCGGACAUCAAGAGGGGCAAGUUCAGCUUGCAGGAGGAGCAGACCAUCAUCCAGCUCCACGCUCUUCUCGGGAACAGGUGGUCGGCGAUCGCGACGCACCUGCCGAAGCGCACGGACAACGAGAUCAAGAACUACUGGAACACGCACCUGAAGAAGCGGCUGGCCAAGAUGGGCAUCGACCCGGUGACGCACAAGCCGCGCUCCGACGCGUCCGGCGCCGGCGGGGCGGGCACUGGAGAUGGCGCUGGCGCGCAGCACGCCAAGGCCGCGGCGCACCUCAGCCACACGGCGCAGUGGGAGAGCGCGCGGCUCGAGGCCGAGGCGCGCCUGGCGCGCGAGGCCAAGCUGCGCGCGCUCGCCGCGUCGGCAUCAUCCGCCUCGGCGCACCAGCAGCAGCAGCACUACCUGAACGCGGCGCCCGCGCCCGGCCUCGACUCGCCCACGUCCACGCUCAGCUUCUCCUCUGACAGCGCGGCGGCGGUGGCGCUCGCGUCCGCCGUCCUCGAGGCCGCCGCCGCGCGCGCCGCCAUGCAACCCAUGCAGCAGGCGUACGAGGACGCGUGCAAGGAGCAGCAGCAGCACUGGGGUGAUCAUCACGUCGACGCCGCGGGCUUCCCGGGGUCCGGGUUCACCGGGAUGCUUCUGGACGGUUCUCUGAACCAGAACCCGAGGGCGGGGGACGACGACGCUCGUGAUCAGGCGGAUGUCGUUGUCGAGGUGCACGAUACGGAGGAGGAGAAGAACUACUGGAACAGCAUACUGAGCCUGGUGAACUCGUCGGCGUCGUCCGUGGUCGUGCCCGCCGGCCACGAGGCGUAUUCGCCGGCGCCGGAGUUCUGAGUUGUGGGGACUCUAGACAUGGAUGCUUGCUUGCCUCCCUGCCUGCCUGCAUGCAGCCAGCGGGCGCACAUGAUGACACAGUAAAUAGUUAGUGGUGAACACUGGUGAUCGUGGAAUAAGAUGGGGACUAAUUAAUUAAUGCUGGUAGCUGUUAAUCAUGUUCUUGGGUUUUUAUCUGACAGGUGCUCUGAUUAAACUGUGAGCUAGAAGGACGGUCGUUGCAUUGAUGUUGGAAACUUGGAAUUUGUUGCGCUAUUUCGUUCCGCCAAGUUUCUUACAUGUUGUGCAAAACUAUACGACUAUAAUCUCUAGUCUUCUACUAUUUGGAAUUGUUGUAGUUUUACAGCCAGUUUCAUCGGCCUAUAUAGUGGGUGCUAAUCAAACUUGUUACGGAAUCGAUCGUCCUACCCUGCAUUUAUAAAUCCUGUGACUUUUUUUA